UCAACUGAGGAAAAUGGAAGACGACCCGACGGCGACGGCGACGGAGGCCGGGGCGGUAGCGGCGGACGCCGUAUCCAAGGUGCUCGGCGACGAUCUCCUCGUAGAGAUCCUCCUCCGCGUCGGCUUCCCCACUACCCUCGUCCGCGCCGCCGCCGUCUGCAAGCGCUGGCUCCACCACGCCUCCCACAAGGCCUUCCUCCGCCGUUUCCGUAAGCUCAACCCGCCUCGCCUCCUCGGCUUCUACAUCGAAGGAUUUCAAGGGUCUCCCCGCUUCGUACCUAUGCUUCCUCAGCCCCCAGAGCUGGCCGGCGCCGUCCGCAUCGUCGAGGGCUACGACCUCUGCGCCGACAAGGAGAGAGUAGUGAUUCGGGACUGCCGGAACGGCAGCGUCUUCAACGUAUUGUGCAGCAGCAGGCGCGGAUACGGACCCAGCCUUGGGGUGCACAGCCCACUCUGCCCUGAGAGAGCCAUGGCCAUCGACCCACCACUCUCAACCCCCCAGCAGCUGCAGUACUACAAUCCCCUCAAGCCACCAGCACCGAGAUUCUUUCACAUCCUAUCCAGAGAAGAAAAAGGCGGCGGCUUGUCCUACUUUUAUGUGUUGAUGGAGUUUGCCGCGAAGGAGGGGGCAACAGAUUUGACAACAAAUUUCACCGCCAGUGUGUCUAUGUUGCAAGAUGGAGUCUGGUGUAUGCAUGCCUCAGCCACGAUGCAGAUCCCUCACUGGCGUGCAGGACACGGAGCUGUGAUGGUUGACAACAAAAUAUACAUGACGGUCACCUUGAUAGACAUCACCGUCUUGGAUUUGACGACCUCAAGUUUUUCCACAAUUCAGCUUCCAGAAGGAGUGCAGUAUUACUCUUCAGACUUCAUGUUAUCACAGGCUGAUGAUGCAUCCAGUGUGUAUCUCAUUGAGGUGAAGGAGUUUCAGCUUCGCAUCUGGCUCCACAAGGGGGGCAGCUGGUCGAUUGUCGAUACCAUUUGUCUGCAUGAGAUGUGUGCAAAUCUGAUGAUGUCAGAUUGCACAGUUAAGGACGCACAUACUUCUCAUCUUCGGAUAAACCACGUGGGGGACAACGCUGAGUUUGCGCUCUUGCAAAUGGGUCGAUUCGUGCGCUAUCUGGAUAUGAGGUGCAAGACACUGCGCACACUGUAUGAGAUGUCAGAAGAUGAACAAGACAGGGGCAGUAUUAGCAUCCAUCCUUUUGUGAUGAUCUGGCCUCCCACAUUCCCUUCGCUGAAGUGUGAUCCUACCAGAAAUUGCCAUGUGAGGAAGGAAGAUAUCAGGAAGCUCUUGGAUGGUAUGUACGUCGGUGACGAGGGUGGCGUCGUGUAAAAGCAUUAGUGAGCUGCAUUUUCCGAAGUAUCUGAUAGCAGUUCGAACAUGUAAUGGAUUUAAUAAGAAUUAGGAUUCGACAUAACUGUAGCAUGUACUCCUAAUAUCCCCUUUGGUGUGACGACUGUCCGUGAGACCGUGACUGAAUCUUCGUUUCAUGUGGUUGAGAAGAGAAGACAUGUAUGUUCAGUAGCCAA